ACAAAUGAAAAAUUGAUUUUGUUAAAAAAAAACAAAGCUAAAAAUAAAACUAAUAAUAAACUCUGCAAGCAAAACAUAAAACGCAAAAAUUACAAACAACAGAAAAACGAAGAAGAAGAGAAAAACAAAUUUGUCCACAAAAACAGCAGAGGAAAGAACAAGUUAUAAAAAAAUCCACAACUAACCUCACUUUUUGUUAAUCUGACAAACAGUAUACCGAAAAUAAAAAGAAAACGUCAAAAACGCGCGUAUUAAAACAUACAAAAGGCAAAAGAAGAAAAUUUCAGCCAGUCUAUAGAAUACUGUGACACAAAGGCAUCAUUAACAAGUGUUUACGAUUAAAAACUAAAUUAAAAACCUUUUGCCCAAAAGGUAAAAACCGCAAGAGAAGACAUUCAUUACACAUCCCUUCAAGUUGACCAGUUUGGUUAGAAAAUUUGCAAAAAUUUCACCCAAAAGAAAACAGAGUUUUCAGCACAUUAGAAUGGAAGUAGACGAUGCAAUAGUUAUGGCAGAGCCUGUUGAAGAGCAAACUGUACUUGCUGUGGCUGAAGGUGGCGCAGUUGAAGAUGAUAUUGACGAAAGUGAGCAGACAACACCUAGUGCUUCGACGUCGUCUAAACAGAAACGUGCUAAAAUAAAGCAUGAUAAAGAAGAACCACCCGGUGCGUUAGAUACGCAACAAAAUGAUUCCGCCUUAACAGCUACACCAUUCAAAUUGGAAGUGUCUGGUUCAGAGGAUGAGAGGGAGGAGGAGGCCGAUGGUGCCAGCAAAGCAGCAAUUAGGCGCAAAUUGUUAUCGACUCCUCUGGAGGAAGAUUCGGCCGCCAAAGAUGGUUUGGAGGAGCUGGAAGAAGUAGCAAUGAAACGUAAACGUUAUGAGGUGAGGAGGUCGGGUUCUGAAGAGUGUUUAUUAGGAUUUGAUGAAUUAAGCGGUGAAGCUGAAUUGGUUAAAGCAGAAGAAGUUACAGAGCCUAUGGUAUUAGCUGAAGAACAGCCAAUUGAAAGUGUUGAAGAGCCAUUUAAGAAUGUGGAGGAAGUGGCAAAUGAGGCCAUCGAAAGUCCCUUGAAUUCACCCAAGUCCAUCAAAAAGGCUUCUCCGCUUACAAAAAUUGGUUCGCCUGCUUUACAUACCACUAGAUCUGCUUCAAAAUCGCCUAAAGCUCUCAAACCGAAAACACCACCUUUGGACGUCGUAAAACCUGCUCAAAAAUCUCCACCUAAGCCUCAUAUAGUAGCUGAUGGCGAGGAAACCAAUGGCAUAGCAACAACACCCAUAAAAGCAACCUCUCAAACUCCAGCUAAAAAAACUUUAUCUCCCAAGGAUGAGUUUUAUAAAAAACCUUUUGAAUAUGGUUGGAAACGUGAAUUGGUGUGGCGUGCUAAUCCAGAACAAAGUAAGGAUAAGGCAGAUGUGUAUUUUAUAUCUCCAGCUGGUAAAAAACUAAGAGGACGCAACGAUAUAAUACCUUUAUUAGAGGGCGAUUUGACUAUAGAUCAUUUUUGUUUUACACGUGAGCCAUUGGGUGCAGGACCUGAUGUAGAGAUAGUAAGAAUUGCCAAACCUUCUUCACGGGCUUCUGCAACGGCAGCCACAUUGGCUUCUGCCCCUACACCAACCAAUAUGGGAAAACGCGUUUCAAAACCUAAAGGACCUAAAGGUGCCAGUCCUCCACCACAAGGCUGGACCCCCAGCAAGGCUCUCAAAGUAAAUAAUGCUCUACUAAGUGGUACUGGGUCUUCCGGUAGGGUUAGUGCAGCGCAUCAUCCUGUACCUAGUACACCGCCUAGUAGUCGUAAGCAUGACAAUGCCCAUGCCAAUGCAGCCCAUUCCGCUAAAAAUACAAAAGCAAAAAAAUCAGCGGCUAACAAAACAGAAGUUGUGGCGGAUAUUAAGAAACCAUCAACAAAUGCAAUUGAAACAAAAGAACCUUGUACCGUAAACUGUGUUAAGGCACAAGGACAAGUACCACAACUGCAAUGUACAAAAUGUUUAUGUCUAUACCAUCACGAAUGUGUGGGUCUCAAUCAAUUGAACUCUGAAUAUCGCACUGCAAGCAAUAAUCGUGGCAAGGAGUACAUAUGCGAGGCUUGUUUACCUAAAUCAGUGCAAAAGUCUGCAACAGUAGCUGCCGUUCCAGCAGCGGUCUUAAUAAAACCGGCUACAAAUGUGGUCAGCAAUAAACGGCCAGAGAAUAAAUUUCCUCAGACUAUUGCAGUGGUAAAAGGCAAAAAAUACGUAAUGGUGGCUAAACCUUUAGCAUUGCCCAACGAACAUGUCAAUGACAUUGAAAAUGAUUUGAAGCAGAUUAAUGAAAGUAUACGCAAGAAUCGAAAGCAAUCUAAUAAUUCACUGGAUGGCUCCUCAUCACAGGCACACAAUUCUCAUAAUUCCAUAGCGGUUGAUAAUUCAAACAAGUUAUUUGCUACAAAUUUCUUUGCUAAUGUUUCAUAUGCUUAUGAUUCAUUAUUGUGUAUUUUAAAAUAUUUAAAAAUACAUGAACGUCCCCGAGCUGCAGCUGUUUGCAAACUGUGGAAUUUGGCAGCCAAGGAUACAUCCCUUUGGCAAACGGUGCGCAUGAAAAACUCCAAAGUCUGUAGUUGGACAGGUUUUGCGGGAGCUUUACGUCGCGGCGAAACCAAACAUUUGGAUUUGCGCAAAAUGCUUUUACCCAGUGGACGCAGUGAGGAUAUGUGGAAUGAUUUUUGUGCUAAUAUAGGUACUGUUUGUUCUCUGGAGACUAUCGACCUGUGCCGUUGCUCAGCCCGUGUUGUAGAGAGUUUAUUCCAGAGCAAUCGCAAUUUGAAAGUCAUCAAUGCCUUGGCCAUAAAUGAUGACACAAUAAAUCUCGAACACAUUGGCCUGCUGCAAUCUUUGGAAGAGCUGCGUUUACGUACUUGUGAAGCAGGUGUUUUGUCUGGAGAUCUUACACCCAUGGCUUCACUUUCCAAACUGACACACUUAUCCUUAACUUCCAUUAAGGGUUUGGGUGCCAAGAGUGUGGAAGUGUUGGGAGAAUUAACAACAUUAAAGUCCUUGGAAUUAGGCGAAUGUGGUGAUUUCGAUUCAACAUUUGCCGAAGCUGUGUUACCCAAAUUAAUUAACUUACAAAGACUACGCCUGGAAAACAGUCAAAUAACAAAUGUCUGCACUUUGGAAAUUCUAGAUGCAGUGGCCAGAUUGGUGCAAUUAAAUCAAUUAGAAUUGGUUAACUUCGAUAUUAAACCUGGUUUUGAUGAGAAAUUGAGUUUGUGUAUGAACAUUAGUAAACUGCUCAUUAUUCCCACAUAUAUUUCCCAAUCGGCCACCACUAAUCAAAUCGUUUUGAGUGCCGUUCAACAAGUGUCUGAAACUCUCAAAGUAUUCACCUGGUGUGUAACCGUAGAAUUAUUGCGUGUAACGGCCCUUUAUGUUGAUCAGUGUGAAGAAUCGACAAAGAAGGAGAAACAUCAUUUUGAUGAGUGUAUACCGGUAUUAAAACCGGUACCAGGAGCCAGCACCGGCGAAGACGAUGAAGAAGAGGCAAGCAUCAAACCCAAGUCGCCUACAGCUACUGAGGACGGUACGGCAGUGACGGAAGUUCCUCAAAUUGAAAUCUUACCCCUGGACAAAGUGGAAUCAAUAUUAGCGGAAAAUUUGCCUCACACCAAGUUCACCAUUGUCAAGGUGCCGUAUCAUGCGACUUGUAAACAACAGUUAGUCGAGUUAAAUUAGUAGUCUGUCCGUCAGUCCGACCACAGCCUUUGUUUUUUCUCUUAAUGUUAAAACUGACUAUCUUUAAUAAUGGAUACACUUGGAGUGUGUAUUUAAAAUAGACGAUAUUUUUCUAUUAUUACGAUUAUUUUUCUUUCGUUGGUAGAGCGAGCCACCUUUUAAAGGGUUUAUAAGUGAAAUUUUGGUGUAAUAAUUGACUGAAAUUUAAUUUUAACUUAAAAUUAAAAUUGUAAGGCAUCGUAUAUUAUUACAUAUUUCAAUAUUAACGUAGUAACUCUAAGAUUAAUCUAAACUUUAAAAUAAUUAAAAAAUAAACAUAAAAAAUCACAAGGCAAAUAAAUAAAUACAAAAAAGCAUGAACAUGAGAUAAAGGACAUCAAGAAGUAGAAAUCUAAAGAAAGAAAGCAAGCAAUCAACUGCCUGCCCCAAAAUAAUUGAAUUGUUGAAAUGGAAUUUUUGAAUAAAAACUCAAAUUAUAAAAAAGCAAAAAAAUCACUUAUUUUUUAGUAAAAGAAUUUCUUUACUACACUUUAGAAUUUAUCAUUCAGCAAUUUAUUAAACAAAUAAAAAUAUUUAAUAAUUUUUAUGUGAA